ACAAUUCAUUCAUUCAAUCAAUAAUGCCUUUCUCUCUCCACAUUUCUCUCUCUAGUCACCCUCCUCUACAUGUCUUUAUCUCUGUACUAUUCUGCUGAAGCAGCAGCAAGCAGCUCAGUUAAAGCACAUAAAAAGUUCCACCAAUCCAUCCAAAGAGAUCUGUUUCUAUCUUUUCUGCUUCAACUUUGUUGCUUUCUGAAAAUUUCUAUCUGGGUCCUUCACUUUCCAUCCUAGUGUUCUUCUUACUAUUGUACUAGUGAUUCACCCUCUAUGAUCUUCUAAACUUUGAACCAUUCUGUUCUGUCUGUUCUUCAACCUCUGCUUUUUUUUAGCAUGCUAGCCUUUGAUUUUCCUUGGUGGGUUGCAGAAUAAAUCAACAAACUUGACAAAACCCAAGAAUAGAAAAAGCAUCUUUGAGCUUCAAAUUUAAUAUUCUGUUAUAAAGAUUUGAUUUUUCUGCUGGUUUAGUGAUUAUGGAGCUAAUGGGUGUUGGGAAACUCAAGGGGUGUUUUGUUCUUGUGUUUUUUGCUGCUUCACUGUUGGUGGGUAUGGUGGGUGGAAUUGGUGUGAAUUGGGGUACACAAUCAACACACCCUUUGCCAGCUUCCACAGUGGUGAAAAUGCUGAGAGACAAUGGUAUUCAGAAAGUGAAGCUUUUUGAUGCUGAUCCUGAUAUUUUGAAUGCUUUGAAGAGGUCUGGGAUUCAGGUGAUGGUGGGUAUACCAAAUGAUUUGCUUUACACUAUGGCUAAUAGUCUUCAAGCAGCUGAAAAAUGGGUUUCCAAGAAUGUUUCAGCUCAUGUCUCAUCUGGAGGAGUAGACAUCAGGUACGUCGCAGUGGGAAAUGAACCUUUCUUGGCAACUUACAAUGGAACCUUUGAAGCCACAACACUUCCAGCUCUUCAAAAUAUCCAAUCAGCUCUCGUAAAAGCUGGUUUGGGAAAUCAGGUUAAAGUGACAUGCCCUCUAAAUGCUGAUGUGUAUCUGAGCUCAUCAGAUAAACCUUCUGACGGGGACUUCAGGCCAGACAUCCAAAACCUCAUGCUGCAGAUUGUCAAGUUCUUGAGCCAGAACAACGCACCAUUCACCGUGAAUAUCUAUCCUUUUAUCAGCCUUUAUUCAGAUGCCAAUUUUCCAGGUGAUUAUGCGUUUUUCAAUGGCUUUCAGUCUCCCAUAACCGACAAUGGAAAGAUCUACGACAAUGUCCUUGAUGCUAACUACGACACUCUAGUAUGGGCGUUGCAGAAGAAUGGCUUUGGAAACUUGCCUAUAAUUGUUGGAGAAAUCGGGUGGCCUACAGACGGAGACCGAAACGCGAACCUUCAGUACGCGCAGCGUUUCAACCAAGGCUUCAUGUCGCGCUAUGUUGCUGGAAAGGGGACUCCAAUGAGGCCUGGUCCUCUAGAUGCAUACUUGUUUAGCUUGUUAGAUGAAGAUAACAAGAGCAUUCAGCCGGGUAAUUUCGAAAGACAUUGGGGUUUGUUUUACUUUGAUGGACAACCGAAAUACCAGCUUAGCAUGGGAUCAAGAAACAAUGCCUUAGUAGGCGCUACUGGUGUAGCAUAUCUUGCUAAGAAGUGGUGUAUUAUGAAACCCUCUGCAAACCUCAAUAAUGAUCAACUGGCACCAAGUGUGUCUUAUGCUUGUUCACACGCUGAUUGCACGAGUCUUGGGUAUGGAACUUCUUGUGGGAAUUUGGAUAUUCACGGUAAUAUCUCAUAUGCAUUUAAUAGCUACUUCCAGAUAAAUGACCAGAUUGAUAGUGCUUGCAAAUUCCCUGGCGGCCUUUCUGUUGUCACUGACAGAGAUCCUUCAAUUGGAGAUUGCAAGUUCAAAAUCAUGAUCCAGACAGAUUCUGCUGUCACAUAUGGGAAUGGGAGAAUUUGGUCUCUUAGAAUUGUGCUUUCUGUGUUUUUGUUUUUGGUUCUUAUGUAAUUUUUAGUCUAGAGAUUCUAGAUUUUAAUUUAUUUUUGGAGAAAUUAAACUGUGGAUUUCAUUUUUCAGACAGCUUGUUGAGUACAGAAGAAGCUUCUUUGCAGUAUUCAAUAGUUGGCCAACUUUUCCUUAAAUUCUGGGUUCCAGAUUCCAGAUAUCUUUGAAAACAACAUCAAGUAAUUGUUGGCAAUUUUUCCUUGAAUCUGGGUUCGAGAGUGUUAGGCUGAACAUUUAUGUAUUUGAUGGACCUGAUUUUGUAAAUUUAAAUUGAAGUGAAGUGAUUUAUGUAGGAAAAGUGGGUUUGGAAACAAA